AUGAAACGUCUUCUUUUCGCUAUCGUCGUCGUUGGACUUUCCGUCCUGGCCUGUCAACCGGUGAAAAAACCAACAGUAGUUGGAGGAGGAAAUCAAACAGCCUCGGUAAAACUGAUCACUGUCGCCGAAUGGGAUCCGAAGAAAGCCGAAUUAUACCUGAAGUUGUUCCCACUCUCGCACAUCAAGCCGUACUCCAAGGAGCUUGGAAAGUUCUCUGACUUGGGAGCAGCAGACGUCGGGGGCAAAUUCGCUUACACUUUCACUCUUCAUGACGCUGACUGCCAUAAGGUUCAACUAUGGAUGAAAGAAAUCUUGAACGGUACGCACGCCAUCACGGCUGCCCCCGUAGAAUGCACCCAUUAG